UGUAACAUCCUCUUUCGAUCUGCGUCUCUGUCUGUCGAUCUUCUCUCACAUGGCAUUCAAGAACAACCUUCUACUCUGCACUCCACUGGAAUGCGAAACCAUGGAAGAAAUGCAGGCUUCCAUGGAGAAAGCCAAGGCAGAAGGUGCCGACCUUGUCGAGCUUUGUCUCGAUUCCAUGUCAUUCUCCCACGUUUCUGAGGUUCAGAAGCUCAUUAAACAAAGAACUCUGCCUUCUAUUGUCUCUUUCAGGCUCAAAUCAUCAGGGAGCUCAGGCAAAGGUGACUGCAAGUUUACCUGCUUGCAAGUUCUGAGGCUGGCUCUUGAACUAGAUGUCGAAUUCGUUGAGAUGGACUAUGAGGUGGCAUCAGAUGUUGGCAUGGCUGAGCACGUGUACAAGCGUGCCGAUAGCAAACUAAUAGUAUCAAGUUAUGUGAAUGGUGGGAAACCUUCCACUGAGAGGCUUGGUCAUCUGAUUGCAUCUAUGCAAUCUACUGGAGCAGAUGUUAUCAAGCUUGAGAUUAACGUGGAUUAUAUCACAGAUCUAGCACCAGUUUUCCAGAUGCUUACUUAUUGCCAGGUGCCUUUAAUUGCUGUUGCAGUGGGCAGUAGAGGUCUAAUAAGCCAACUGUUGGGUCCUAAAUUUGGUGGUUUUUUAGUCUAUGGAUCUCUGGAAGGCAAAUCAGUGCCUGGCUUGCCAACUUUAGUCAGCCUUAAACAUGUUUACAGACUUGAAUACAUGAAUGCAGAUACAAAAGUUUUUGGUCUCAUUUCGAACCCGGUAGGCCAUAGCAAAGGCCCUAUUCUGCACAACCCUGCCUUCAGGCACACAGGAUAUAAUGGAAUUUACGUUCCCAUGCUGGUCGAUGAUAUCAAGGAAUUCUUUGAAACCUAUACAGGGACUGACUUCGCAGGUUUCAGUGUUGGAAUCCCACACAAGGAAGCAGCAGUUGGAUGCUGUGAUGAAGUGCAUCCACUGGCUAAGUCCAUAGGAGCUGUAAAUACUAUAAUAAGACGGCCCAUUGAUGGGAAGCUGAUUGGUUAUAACACAGAUUGUGAGGCUUGUAUCACUGCAAUUGAGGAUGCACUAAAAGAUAAACGGGUUGAGAAUGGGGAUGCAUCACAUGCUUCUCCUAUAGCUGGGAAAAUUUUUGUGCUGUUGGGAGCAGGAGGUGCAGGAAGAGCACUUGCUUUUGGUGCUAAAAGUAGAGGUGCUCGUGUUGUCAUAUUCAACAGGAAUUAUGAGAGAGCAAAGGCUCUUGCAAAUGCAGUUUCAGGGGAAGCUCUGCCAUAUGAAUGUUUGGAUAGAUUCUGCCCAGAGAAGGGAAUGAUACUUGCCAAUGCCUCUGCUGUAGGAAUGGAACCAAAUUCAGAUCAAACUCCUGUUUCAAAGGAGGCCUUGAGAGCAUAUGAGCUAGUUUUUGAUGCGGUUUAUACUCCUAGAAAUACGAGGCUCUUGCAAGAGGCUACAGAGGUUGGGGCCACUGUGGUGAGUGGAGUUGAGAUGUUCAUCAGGCAGGCCCUUGGGCAAUUUAGAUUGUUCACUGGUGGCUUAGCUCCAGAAGAUUUCAUGCGCAAGCUUGUCCUAGAGCAAUUCUGAUUCUUAUACCCAACCAUGUCGAGAACAAAUGUGUGUGGUAUCAAUUCCUUCAUUUCAUCUGCUGUAUUAAAGAAAUAAAUCUGUGAAGAUGCUUGGCUCAGCUUAUAUGGUAUGUUUGAGGUUGUACUACUUCAGCUUGAACAACUUCACCGGCUUGUCAAUCCAGAGACCUUCCAUUCCCCCUCUCUUUGAAGUUUGAACGUUACUCCACUGGAUCAAUAAGUGCAUAAUUAUGCACUAAUUAAGUAUUGCAAAUAAAAAGAAAAAAAAGAAGGGUUUUUCACUGUAUAAAUAGAAGCUUGAGAAAGCUUUUGUGAAAACUGUUUUUGGCAGUGUGUAGCAUUAGAGUGUUGCAACGUGUAAAAAAAUGCUAUAUGAAAAAAUAGUUCUUUCUCUCUCCCCUCUGGUUUUUUGAGUAUGACGAGGUAUUUAGACUCUGGAUAUUGUGGGUAUCGUUCUAAUAGUGUGCUCCACCGCCGGGGAAGAAAAUGCUGGAAACUCAAAAGCUAAGACAUGUGGAGCAACUUCAGCCAGAUUCUAUAUCAGUGUAAAAGAGGUAGUGAAUCUAUGUUUCCGUUAUGUAUUUAUUUAUAACGGAUAAAAUAGAAAGUACGAGGCUUAGGUUCCGACCAAAUAUAUAAUCAAUAUUUUGGACUUAGCGAGGUGAUCCAAGAUUAUUGUAUCUCUUGAGUAAUGAUUGUUUUGAAAGGAGUUCAGUUUCAUGAUUGUGAAAGAUAAGAUCAGCCGGUUUCAUGUCUAGUACUUUCAUUGUUGAAUAAACAUAUGAAAGUUGUAUA